AUGGAUCAUGGGAUUAUCGUAGACAUCAACAUCUCGAACACUUCCCCCGAUUUGCUGGUCGAGAUCAAUAUGAAAGCACCUACCAAAUGGCAACUCGCAGAUUUGUCGCUCUUCCUCGCAACCCCGGAGCAGACAGUCGAAUCUCGCAAGCGCUCUGCGCAGGAAUGGCGGCGAGCGUUGACUGAGGAGCAAUAUAUCCUGAGGGAUAUCCUCAUGGAUGAGCAUGAGCACGCAGCGCAUGGCAAGGGCGCGACAUGGGUUCUCGCACCCAGGGCUAAUCCAUCGACGCUCGAUUUCAUGUGUUCAUGUGAAACUUUUCGUCGAGCCGGAUUAGUCUGCAGGCUCUCAACGUCGUUGCAUGCAGAGGAAGUCACUGCGUACGGUAUUGCGUCUGUGUUCACGCCGCUAGAGAAGCGUAGGUGCGGUUACGCGCAACACAUGAUGCGCCUCCUCCACUGGGUGCUCGCUCCACGUUCCACACUGUCUGCCGACUUUCCCGACGCAUGGGGCGCACCUCCUGCGGCACCGGACGGCUUUGGGAAUGCUCAAUUCUCGGUUCUGUACAGCGAUGUCGGGCCCGACUUCUAUCGCCUGUGCGGGCCGACGCAGUACCCGGGUAAUGGCUGGAUCGAAAGAGGUUCGACAUUGACUUCCUGGAACGUCCCUCCGUCAGAGGACACAUUGUCGUCAAAGAUAUUGUCAUCCACAUGGAAGUACCUGACAGAGGACGAUGCUAUACGCGUCUGGGAGGCGGACGCGGCAUGGAUGAAGAUAUAUCUGGCUAACAUGAGGCCUUCGACGUCGCGCACUUGUUUCACGUUCCUCCCCAACCAGGGUGUUGCCAAAUUCCUGAUUCACCGCACGAUGUCAUUCAACAAGGACUUGACUCCGGUGCUGCCGCUCCAGACAUGGGGUAUCUUGCGCCUCCCUCACGCCAACGCGGGUCUCGAAGACGUCCUCGGCGACGACGAACGCCAGGGGAGCACCUUUGCGACGUGGUCACUCGACCCGACGUCGGCAUCAGGUACUCUUAUUGUAACACGGCUCCGUGCGACCACGGACACGUUCCCCGAACUCUUUGGCAGGCUCACCGAGUUCUCACGCGAACAGAAGAUAGAAAGAAUCGAAAUAUGGGCCCUGCCAGAAACUCUGCAGGGGAUCGCGUCGGAUCUCGGUGGCGUGACUGAGCAGAGGCAAGAACAUUUGUCAGCCUUCAAGUGGUAUGGAAAAGAACCAGAGGAGUUAGAAUGGAUAUUCGACGAGAAAUUCUGUUGGUGCUGA